CCUCGGUUGUUGGUACCGUCAUUCCGACCGACGACGGCUAGUGGGCGGAACAAUAAACUAUUGGCACCGCAGUCUAGCACUUUGAACUCACAAGACCACCAUUCACCACCGGCACUUCCACUUCUUGACGAAGUUUCUCCCGUUCACCUCCGUGCUUUAAACAACAGCCUUUCUGGAGUCCACUCUCGCAACGAAAACUACAGUCAUGUCGCUCUUCCGUACCGCCGCCCCGCGCUUCAUCUCCAAGCCGCUCCUCGCUGGCCCCCGCGUCGCUACUUUCCACACCUCCAAGAAGCUGCAGAUUCUGCCCGUCGGGCCUCAAGUGAUAGAUGGCACCAUCAACGACCCCACACCGAUUCCGGAGACGAGCCCCUCGCACGGUAGCUACCACUGGUCAUUCGAGCGCCUGGUUUCGCUCGGUCUCGUACCGCUCACCAUCGCGCCGUUCGCCGCCGGCUCGAUGCAUCCCAUUGCCGACGCCGUCUUGGGUGCGACGAUAGUCAUGCAUUCACACAUCGGCUUCCAGUCGUGUGUAAUCGACUACUUCCCCAAGCGCAAAUACCCCAAGUCCCUCAAGACCGCCAAGUGGACGCUCAACGCUGCCACCGUGCUGGUGCUCUACGGCCUGUACGAGUUCGAGACUAAUGAUGUGGGUAUCACCGAGGGUGUCAAGAAGAUCUGGACGGCUUGAGCGCGAGGUGAAGGGCAGAAGGGAGUGUAUCUUUAGUUUUUCUUGCACGCGUCUGCUUGCUGGGUUCGGCUGGGUGAUUGGGGUUCAGAAAAGUCAAGGCUUAUUUCAAAGCUUUUCAUUUCGUGAAACCAGGCUGUGGACUGUGAAUUGAAUUGAACGGGCAUCAAUCCAACUUCAGUGGCUCCGAUAGCGAGUGACAAAUAGUGAUAUCCACGAG